UUUUUUAUUGCUUUUCUUUAUAUAGCCUCUAUUGUGUACCACAUAUUUGCAUGCCUCUAGCUUUUAUUCGUUUCUUAGGAAUAGCCUACAUUAUCUUUCAAGAGUAUCAUGAGGCCUGGAGAAACGUAUUUUUGAGUCUGAUUUUGAUCACAUUGUUUUUAUUAACAAUCAAAUAAUGCAAUCCAUUAAAGUUAUUUUUUUUAAAAAAAGGUAGGCUACAUGCACCAGUCCUCAACCCAAGACGUGCUUAAGAGAGGGGUAUAAAGUUUGAAUAAUGUCGUCCAAUGCUCUUUUGAAUCAUUGAAGAGUAACUUUCAGCACCUUCAGCUUCCCUCGGAGACUCUUGGAUCUCUCAUUGAUUAUUUUUUAAAGUUGACGUCACUCAGAUGCCAGCUCAAUUCUAACAGGUUUAAACCCUUUCAGCGUCCGCCCUUCCCAUCCCAUAGACCACGCCCCCUGCUCGCGGUGUGAAAACAGAUCACAGCAGAGCUGGUCUGAAGUUUACACCGUCUCCUCUGUCAGUGCUGCACUGAAGCUUUCACUGUGAGGACUACUGUGGACCACUCGAGCUACAAUGAAGCGCAACCACAAUUACAGUUCAUCUGACAGCGACCUGGACGACAAUGUCGAAGUGGAGAAGGAUAGUGGAGACGAAAAUGGUCAUUUUGAUUCCCAUGGCUCCAUGUCCCCCUCUACAACGACCCAAGUUCAAGCUAGAAAAAGGCGCAGAGGGAUUAUUGAGAAAAGGAGACGUGACAGGAUCAAUAACAGCCUCUCAGAGUUGAGAAGACUGGUGCCAAGUGCCUUUGAAAAACAGGGAUCAGCCAAAUUAGAAAAAGCUGAAAUUUUGCAAAUGACUGUUGACCAUUUGAAGAUGCUUCAUGCAUCUGGCGGCAAAGGUUUCUUUGAAGCUCAUGCUCUUGCGAAGGAUUACCGCAGCCUGGGCUUCAGGGAGUGUCUGGCAGAGACAGCUCGCUUUCUCAGCAUCAUAGAGGGUCGGGAGAGCGCAGACCCCCUCCGUGUACGUCUGGUGUCCCACCUCAGCAACUACGCCUCUCAGAGGGAGGUGCACACCGGACUGGAACACUUAGCCUGGGGCUCAGCUUAUGGGGCCGCCCCUGCCCACCUCCCACACCCUCUCCUCCUCCAGCACCCACAGGCCAGGACACCUGCACCCAGAAGCAACAGUAGUCCCCCCUCCUCAUCCCCUUCUUCCUCUACAUCCUCCUCCUCUUCCACUGAAGCAUCUGGGGCAUCCAGACUCAACGUGGUGCCCCCCACAGAGCCCCUCAGGGUGCCUCCAAACAGCUCCCUGCCCAUCAGUCUGCCUGUGCCAACAUCCAAGCUCUCGCCACCACUCCUGUCAUCCCUCUCCUCGCUGUCAGCAUUCCCCCUCUCCUUCGGUGCCUUCCCUCUGGUCUCACCAUCGGCCCUUGGCACGCAGAGCCCUUCCUCCACCCUGACAAAGCCUUACAGGCCUUGGGGGACAGAGAUCGGGGCCUUCUAAAGCUAAAAACUGGACUGAAGGUGACAGCUGAGCUGUACUAGGCAGGACAACCUGCUUCAUCUUCCAGCAAUAAAACACAGGGGAACAAAACAACCAAUUUUAUUUUAUUAUGCAUAAAUAAUCAGAAGAAGGGUGUGGAUUUACUCUCCCUUAUAAAGAGAACAAAUUCUAAUUGAUUAUUGUUAUUUGAUGAAAUUGUUAGUUUAUCUAGUUAAUAUGCACUGUCUCCAGGUUGAGAACUGAUAAAUGAAAUAUGGCCUGUCAGUGAUUGACUGUAUACAAAAAAGGCCAUAUUUACCAGAGAACUGACUGAAACUUCUACUUUUGUUGAGCCUGUAUGUCUGUAAAAUGUAGAGCAACUUUAUCAGGUCUUACUUAGAAAGUGUAAGAACCCAUAUGGAAAAGAGCAUGCAGAUUAUAAAGGCUGCUGUUGGAGAACUAACCUCUGGUGAAUGUGAAACUUGCAUCAUUGUAUCAAUUUGUAAUAUUUUUG